GCAGCAAGAGCACCACAACCCGCGCCAGUGCAAAGGGCAGCUGACUUCGGCACACUUCUUCACAUUCCACAAAGCCCCGAGCACAGCGUUGACAUUCGCACAACCAGGAACAUGAAGUUCUGUCGAGAGGAAACGCUUUGCUUUCUCUCAGCUUUGUUCUAUUUAUGUAUUGCAGCAGGAAGUGAUGCACCUGUCAUUCACACGGAGCUUGGCAGCCUGAAAGGGCAGCAUGUGAAUGUAAAAGGGAAGGAGAUGGGGGUCAAUGCAUACUUGGGUGUCCCAUUUGCCAAGCCACCUGUAAGCCCUGGUCUGAGACUGGCUCCACCCCAGAAAGUGGAGGGAUGGGAAGGAGUGAGAGAUGCCAGCAGGCAGCCACCAAUGUGCAUUCAACAUAGACAGUUCCUUCUUGAUCUGAUGGAGUUGAUUGGUGGCAUAGCACAAGAAAUCCCGGAUGUUUCAGAGGACUGCCUUUACCUCAACAUUUAUACUCCUGCAAAUAGACCUCAUGAUGCAAAGCUCCCAGUCAUGGCAUGGAUCCAUGGAGGAGGUUUUGCUUUGGGAUCAGCUUCAGUGUAUGACGGAUCCGCCUUGGCUGCUUACCAGGAUGUGGUUGUUGUGCUGAUUCAAUAUCGCUUGGGAGUUUUGGGCUUUCUCAGUACCGGAGACGAGCAGGUGUCCGGUAACUUUGGUCUGCUGGACCAGGUUGAAGCCCUCCGCUGGAUCCAAAAUCACAUUCACAAUUUUGGGGGAGACCCAGCAUCAGUCACCAUCUUCGGGGAGUCUGCUGGUGGAGUGAGCGUAUCCCUGUUGCUUCUAUCACCAUUAUCCAAAGGACUGUUCCAUCGAGCCAUUGCUGAAAGUGGCACUGCUGCAAUGGAUAUGUUGGUGAUAAAUGAUCCUUUACCAGGAGCACAGGUUGUUGCAAAUGCAUCUGGAUGUAGCAUUGAAAGCACACAGACGAUUGCUGCCUGCAUGAGAAACCUUGAUCUGGAUCUAUUUUUGACUCUUGCACAGGAUCCAACACUAAGAAUUACCGUAACUACAGAUGGACAUUUCCUGACAAAGUCAGUAAAUGAGCUAUAUAAGAAGCAUGAGAUUCAAAAUGUCCCAUUCAUGACAGGUAUUAAUGAUCAUGAAGGGGGCUGGCUAAUUCCUUCUUACAUGGCUCCGCCAAACUGGACUGAAGGACUAGACCGGGAGCAAGUUCUAAACAUAAUGAUGGUCUUCAACUCCAAUCCCCAAACCCUCAUCAUGGAUUUAAUGGUAGAGGAAUAUAUCGGAACUGGUGAAGAUCGAGAGAAAAAUCGAGAUGGUUUUACCGAGUUCUUUGGGGAUUUGUUGUUCACCAUUCCUGCCAUUAAGUCUUCAAAUGCUCACAGAGAUGCCGGCGCACGUGUGUACUUGUAUGAGUACCAGCAUCCACCUCAUUUCUUGAAGGCAAAAAGGCCAAACUUUGUAAGGUGUGACCAUGGAGACGAAAUCUUUACAGUUUUUGGGUUGUGCUUUACAACAACCCAUAUCCGACUAAAUGAUACAUGCCUGGAGGAAGAAGAGCAACUUAGCCGAACAAUGAUGGCCUACUGGGGCAACUUUGCUCGGACGGGCUCGCCGAAUGGUGAUGGCCUUGCUCACUGGCCUCUAUAUGAAAAAGAAGAAAAGUACCUGGUAAUAAGGGCGAAGGAGCAGGUCAUUUCCCAGCACCUGAAAAAGGAUCGCUUCGUCUUCAUGACUCAGACCAUCCCAGAGAAGGUUCGACAACAUCAGGAGAAGACGGAGCACAAUGAAUUUUAGAAGGCUUGCAUUUUUUCACUUUUUCUUUUUAACCUGUCUUUUUCAGAUCACAUAUUCUGAUAUUGUAAGUUUAAUGUAGUGGUUCAUUGCGACAUACAGUAGUUGUUAACUGAUUUUGAGUGUCAUGAGAACUAUGAAUGCAUUAUGAGAACUACGUCCAGAACAUUUUAAUUACAUCAAUUAAACAUUGUGUGACCAUUGUUUAUUCAUAUUAUAUAUAAUUGGGUGAAGACUAUAUGGAAAUUCUGGACUUUAACAAGUGACUGGGGAAACCAAACGUGUACCCCUUUCUGGAGAAUGAAUGAUGGUAAUGGUGCUAUAGGUGCAGUCCACUAUAAUUACAUCAUGAAAAAAUAUAAUCGUAGUACCACAUAGAUCACCGUAUAAAAUAUUGCAAAUGUCUUGGUUCUAAACUCAAAAGAAAACCACAAAAACCUACAGUUAAAGAAAACGACUCAGUUUAAUUAGUACAAUUUAAGAGUUGGAAAUGACUCCAAAUGAGCCCCGCAGGUGAGUACAAAGCAACACUAAGGUAUACCAAUUAAAUAGCCUGGUACAAAUGGUUUGCAGAUAGGAAAAUUUAUUGAACCAUAUAUUUAGGUUCAGAUGAACAAGACAAAAGCUCAUUUUUAUUUUUGCAAAUGUUAGUAUAGCUGCAGUCUACUACGAAUGCGCUGCCCAGUGUGCCCUUUCUUUAAAUAUGAGUUACUAUACUGCCCAGAAAAGUGCACUUGUAGAAGAAAAGCUACUGGGCAAAGCCAUCAAGCCAUAACAUGACAUACAUAUAAUAUACACAAUACUUGGUAAAUGAUUUUGGGUUCUACAAUGUCCUGUAAGACCAGGGUACCUAAGUCCUGUACUCCAGAGACCCCAUCCGGCCUGUUGUAAGUAUAUGCCUUCUCCAACACCCCUGAUUCAAAUGAUCAGCUCAUCAGCAAGGUUUGCAAAAGCCUAAUGACGAUCCUGAUCACUUGAAUCGGUGUGUUGGAGUAGGGAUACGUCAAAAAUAGGCUGAAUAGGGCCUCUCGGAGACCGGAUCUGGGCACACCUGAGCUACACGGUGUUGUGAAA